CCUCUUCUCCUCUCACGCUCCUGUCUCUCUCUUCUUUCUCUCUUUCACUCUCUCCUACUCUCUCCCUCUCUAUCGCACACACAUUCACCCUCCCUUGUCAAAUUACAAUAUUCAGCAGCAGCAAGACAUCAGCGUGUGUGUGCGCGCGUGUGUAUUUUCCACUCUCUUUCCACCGGCAAAAAACAAAAACAAAAACAAAAACCCAAAAAACAAAAAAGAGAAAAAAGAGAGAGAGAGAGAGAGAGAGAGAGAGAGAGAGAGAGAGAGAGGCUCAGUUCCAUCGCUUUUUGCACUGAGGGAAAAUGCAAUUAUUUAAAUGAAUCAUAAUAAAAUAAACCCUAAUGAUUUCUAACCAGGAGCCUCAGUGGGACUCAUCACUCUAGUCUUCCCAGUUCCUAAAGAGGUCCCGGGAUUCUUGAGCUGUGCCCAGCUGACGAGCUUUUGAAGAUGGCACAAUAACAGUCCAGUGAUGCCUGACCAUGACAGCACAGCCCUCUUAAGCAGGCAAACCAAGAGAAGAAGAGUUGACAUUGGAGUGAAAAGGACGGUAGGGACAGCAUCUGCAUUUUUUGCUAAGGCAAGAGCAACGUUUUUUAGUGCCAUGAAUCCCCAAGGUUCAGAGCAGGAUGUUGAGUAUUCAGUGGUGCAGCAUGCAGAUGGGGAAAAGUCAAAUGUACUCCGCAAGCUGCUGAAGAGGGCGAACUCGUAUGAAGAUGCCAUGAUGCCUUUUCCAGGAGCAACCAUAAUUUCCCAGCUGUUGAAAAAUAACAUGAACAAAAAUGGUGGCACAGAGCCCAGUUUCCAAGCCAGCGGUCUCUCUAGUACAGGCUCAGAAGUACAUCAGGAGGAUAUAUGCAGCAACUCUUCAAGAGACAGCCCCCCAGAGUGUCUUUCCCCUUUUGGCAGGCCUACUAUGAGCCAGUUUGAUAUGGAUCGGUUAUGUGAUGAGCACCUGAGAGCUAAGCGCGCCCGGGUUGAGAAUAUAAUUCGGGGUAUGAGCCAUUCCCCCAGUGUGGCAUUAAGGGGCAAUGAAAAUGAGAGAGAGAUGGCUCCGCAGUCUGUAAGUCCCCGAGAAAGUUACCGAGAAAACAAACGCAAGCAAAAGCUGCCUCAACAGCAGCAACAGAGUUUCCAGCAGCUGGUUUCAGCUCGAAAAGAACAGAAGCGAGAGGAGCGCCGACAGCUGAAGCAGCAGCUGGAGGACAUGCAGAAACAGCUGCGCCAGCUGCAGGAAAAGUUCUACCAAAUCUAUGACAGCACUGAUUCUGAAAAUGAUGAAGAUGGUAACCUGUCUGAAGACAGCAUGCAUUCAGAAAUCCUGGACGUGAGGGCCCAGGACUCAGUGGGAAGGUCAGAUAAUGAGAUGUGUGAGUUAGACCCAGGGCAGUUUAUUGACCGGGCCAGGGCCCUAAUUAGGGAGCAAGAAAUAGCUGAAAAUAAGCCGAAAAGAGAAGGUAACAAAGAGAGAGAUCAAGGGCCAAACUCUUUACAUUCAGAAGGCAAGCAUUUGGCUGAGACCUUGAAACAGGAAUUGAAUACUGCCAUGUCACAAGUUGUGGACACUGUGGUGAAAGUCUUUUCAUCUAAACCCUCCCGCCAGCUUCCUCAGGUCUUCCCACCUCUUCAGAUCCCUCAGGCAAGAUUUGCAGUCAAUGGGGAAAACCAUAACUUCCACACCGCCAACCAGCGCCUACAAUGCUUUGGUGACGUCAUCAUUCCAAACCCCCUGGACACCUUUGGCACCAUGCAAAUGCCCAGCUCCACAGACCAAACAGAAGCACUGCCCCUAGUUGUUCGCAAAAACUCAUCUGACCAAUCUGCCUCUGGCCCACCAGCUGGUGGCCACCACCAGUCUUUGCACCAGUCUCCACUUUCCACCACCACAGGCUUCACCACAUCUUCUUUUCGCCACCCUUUCCCUCUCCCGUUGAUGGCGUACCCAUUUCAGAAUCCAUUAGGUGCUCCCUCUGCCUCCUUUCCUGGGAAAGACAGAGCCUCCCCAGAAUCCUUAGACUUAACUAGGGAGACAGCAAGUCUGAGGACCAAGAUGUCAUCCCAUCAUAUGAACCACCACCCUUGUUCACCAGCACAUCCGCCCAGCACAGCUGAAGGCCUCUCCUUGUCUCUCAUAAAGUCUGAGUGUGGUGACCUCCAAGAUAUGUCUGAUAUUUCACCUUUUUCCGGAAGUGCAAUGCAGGAAGGACUGUCACCUAAUCACUUGAAAAAAGCAAAGCUCAUGUUCUUUUAUACCCGUUAUCCCAGUUCCAACAUGCUGAAGACCUACUUCUCAGAUGUGAAGCACCUUUCAUCCAGAAGGAUCCCAAAGCGCUUUACAAACUGCAUACAUAGGGAUCACUCACGUACCACUGAAAUGCAGCCACCUGGAGGGUGGAAAGCGGCAGCCAUUUUGAGCCAGCAACACUACACAACAGUAGAUUUCAACAGAUGCAUUACCUCUCAGCUCAUCAAGUGGUUUAGCAAUUUCCGUGAGUUUUACUACAUUCAGAUGGAGAAGUAUGCACGUCAAGCCAUCAACGACGGGGUCACAAGUACUGAAGAGUUGUCUAUCACCAGAGACUGUGAGCUGUAUCGUGCUCUGAACAUGCACUACAAUAAGGCAAAUGACUUUGAGCAGGUUCCAGAGAGAUUCCUGGAAGUCGCACAGAUCACAUUACGAGAGUUUUUCAAUGCCAUUAUCGCAGGCAAAGAUGUUGAUCCUUCCUGGAAGAAGGCCAUAUACAAGGUCAUCUGCAAGCUGGAUAGUGAAGUCCCUGAGAUUUUCAAAUCCCCGAACUGCCUACAAGAGCUUCUUCAUGAAUAGAGGUUUUCAACAACUCUUUCUGAAUGUAUGAAAAGUAGCAGUCCCCUUUGGAUGCCCAAGUUAUGUGUAUCUAAAUUUUGAUUUCAUACACAUGUGUAUGAGAGACAUAGAUAUGUUUAUGAAAUCAGCUGGUAAUUCUGCCUCCUCUUCAUGAACUCUUUUUUUUUCUUUUGUGUUGUUCUGUUGCAAGGGGAUACUGAAUUGUCCUUCUGCCUUCAGUUUACUUUUUGCCCAAGGCCCUUAACAUUUGAAGACUUAAAUGGGGUUCAUUUUCAGGGAGAAGAAUUUUGAAGUGGGUAAAGCCUGUCUUAGCAAGGUAGGGCAUCAUGUAUGUGAUGCCUGUGUCAGAUACGUGGCUUGCUGCUAAGUGGCAUUUUGGCCGAGGGAAACCAGCAUCAUGGCACACUACUGUAGACAAUGAAGUUUCCUCUUGUUUUUACUGCUAAAAAGGUCUGAAACUCUAUGGAAUCACUAUUUAAGCUUACUUUUAUUUUAUUUAGCUAAUUAUGUUGCUUUUGCUAAAAACAGCUAAUGACUUUUUUAGCAGCUCAUUGCCUAAAGUGAUAACCCCAGAAGACUGGAUUUCCAAACAAAACAAAACAACAAAAAGCUAUUGACCUUUUCCUAAUAGGAAUGAUGACUACCCCCACUCCCAAAUUAAUGACUUAGCUGCCAGUUUCUUAUUGAGGCAAACCGAUUUUGCACAAGAUUGGCCCUUUCAGGUUGAGAUUGGCAACUUAUGCAUGAUGGUCUAGCCACUUCUCUCAUUUUACAGUAUGGUCCUCUUGUUAAAAAACAGAACAUAUUUCAUUCUCCACAAAGUAAAACCUAAAUCUUUUCUAUUUACCCUCAUCUUACUUCAGAUACUAAAAGGCACACAAGUUUCAAACCUACUUUUGGCUCAACUUUGCUUAAAGUUGCAUUAAAAAGAUAACUCCAUUUGAUAUUUAAGGCGCCCCCCCCAUAUAAUUUUCUGAAUUACCUUUAUACAGGAAGAGAAAAAUAAUCCCAUCCUGGACUUUCAAUUCCUGGUUAUCCUGUAAGCUUUUUAAAUAACAAUUAAGUUUGCUUGGACUUCAUCUUGUCAGAGGAACACAUAUAAGAAUGACCCUUCCCCCCCUCAAAAAAAGAUGAUUUCUCAGAUUUGCAAGCAUUUGUUAAGCACCUACAAAUGUGACAAAAUAAGUCAUAGAAACAAUCCCCCACUGUAUUGAUGGAUAUGCAAAGUGAUGACAACCUAACUGAUUUUUUCCUCGCUUUUCUGUGCAGCUUUUAAAAAUGAGUGAUAUGCUACCAGUCUCUUCUAACACAGAAGCUAGUAUUGACCAAAAUAUGAGUAGAGUGAGUGUACAGUGUAGUAAAGUUUGGGAUUAACCUAAGUGAUGCUAUUUCAGCAUAAUAUAAGAAAGCUAGCUGCUAGUUCUUUGUGCUUUCUUCACUGGUUCUCCUUUUUUAUUAUUUUCAAAAUUUCAAGUGUAUACUGUCCAAUAUUUACUUUAAAAAAACACAUCUGAUGGCAUUUAUACUUCUUUUUUUCUGAUUUCUUUUUGAACAGAUGCAGUAAGAAUUUAUUGUUCAUUAAUGUUUUCCACCCUCUCCCCCUUCAUCAGGUAAUUUGGUUAAAAGCAAUUUUCACUAAAUGAUUCACUAACAAAUCUGGUAUUUAGAUCAUAGGGAACAUAAAUAUGGCAUUUCCUUAACUUUUUUUUUUUCUAUUCCAAAACUGCAUUUGACUUUGGAGAGUGAAAGUUUACCCAUGUGACUAAAGAGCUGACCUGAUCACUGCAAUUUCACUUCAUUUAUAAAUACUGCUGAUAGACAGAAAUGUAUGAAAGCUAUUAUUGUCAGCACAAAGCCUUAAAAACCUGCUGACUUUAAAUUAAACAGCCCAAUCCUAUGAUGCCCUGUCAUUAUUCCCAAGCACAGGCAGGAUCCCUGCCGUAUAGACAAUGAAAACAAUAACAUGGAAUGAAGUGCCAGCAGCUUCAAAAUGAGUCAAACACAAAACAUCUUUUCCAGUGUACUUGUCUUAAAGGAUGGGCACAACAGGAUAUGCAUCUUUUUUCCUUAAAAAAAAUAAAGUUUGAUUUGGCAACUAUGGCAUUUAAUGUGUCUACAAUCCAAUCUGCACUUUGUAAAGAGAUGAUUAACUGGUGGUAGUCCCCUCUUUGGGGUAUUGCUACCCACUGGAAAAGGUGAUCUGCAGGCCCAAAUGAGGAUCAAGUCAGUCCUUGGCUGUUAAAAUGUCACUGGAGUGGUGUUACAAUACUGCAUUGCCACUGACAAUGGGAAAAGGCAAAGCCAUACUUUAUGCAGACUCUGUGGAAGAAUUGCUAUGUACUUUCUUGAUCUGAAAUGAAACUGAUUCUUCAAUUACAAUGAGUUGAUUUUUAAAUUGCAAUUCUGACCCCACCUCCUCCCCACACACACACUCUCCACCCUUCCCCUCCACCUAAUUUAAUUAAGCGAACUGAGCAAAACUGUAGACUCACACCUAGAUGCUAUUGCAUUUAUCUAAUGAGAGUAAUAGAAUCUUGAUCUUCACUGAGGCAUAGAAAUGAUUUCAGAGUGGAAACAUUUCAUUGCUUGGUCACUUUGCUUCUGGGGCACAGGAGUUCCCCACACAGUGCAGCCAUAUUAUCUUAUGCCUCUUAAUACAUCGGAAAUGACAAAAAUCUGGGUGACAAAACUCUUAUUUAAUUAAAAGUACAAAUGGUAUGAACACUCUCCCUAAAUGAAAUUUGACUAGGUUGGAGAAGGCUAAUUAUUUGUGGUGGGGGAGAGUUUAGACAGAGAAAAUAAUUUAAAGUCCAUGUUGAAAUGACCACAUUGCCACUCAUUUUCUGCUAAUUCUGAUUUCUUUCUGCAUACACACUUGAGGUUAUAGUCUGUGCCUAGACCUUAAAUGCACCAGCGGAAGGAUUAAAAAAAAAAUCCUUCAAAAUGCCAGUUUUUUUUCCCACAAGUACAAUUGUUCUUGUGCCUUCUGUGGCUUUCAAUUUCAUCUUUUAGACUUUAUUUCCAAUUACUACAGCUGCAAUAAACACUAGAUUUUUUUUCUGGCUGUUUGACAUAAUGUUGAUAGCUAUGCAUAUUUUGUGUCUUUUUAAAAAAAAACAAAGCGGCAGACUACGUUUUUGAAGAAGAGAAUUUUUAGAACAGUUUGAUAACGCAAAUUAUUUUUUUCCUCAAUUGUUUGAGCAGCAUUCAAGUUUUGAAAAUUCUUGUAGAAGCCAAUUUUUUGUAACUGUGGUGCAAAUCUUGUGUUUUCUUAGCCUAAAGAAAAGUAGUAUAGAAGCAAUAUUUCAUAUGAUGUGCUAUACAUGUGUAUGCAUAAGCAUACAUGUAUAUAGACACAUACAGAAUCUAUCUAUAUCUAUAUCUAUAUAUAUAUAUAUAUAUAUAUAUGCGUGUGAAGUGAAAAGCUUACCUUUUUCCUAUCUAGAUUUAAGAUCCUAUUUUAGACAUCUGUUAUGUUUUGUGAAAAGAAUGUUCUAUUUGCAACUGCAAAACAUUUAAUUCUUACUGUAUCUCUGGUUGUUUAAUGAGAACGUUUCACAUUAAAUGGUAUAACAAGUGGAAUAUGUUAGAAUGUAGGCAUUAUUUAAGGAAAUGUUCACCCAUAUAUAUUCCUGAGGUUUGCUUUGUGCCUCUGAGUAUUAUUUAAUUAAAAGUGUUUUAAGUUUGCAAAAUCUUUAUUACUGUACCAGGGAAGUGGGUGAAUGUCUUUGAAAAAAAUACAAAAACAUAAAAAUAAAAAAUAAAACAAAACAAAACCAAGAGGGGAACUUUUAUAAAGCAAUGUAAAUAUUUAACCUUAUGGCUGUUCUUGCAUAAUACAUAGAUUUUAAUAAUGACAUUCUCAAAACAUCUGUUGGAUUUAUUAGGAACUCUUCAGUAACUGUAUAGAUAGUUGAAAGCAUUCUUCAAAAUCCAGCUUCUCUACUUUUAAAAGAUAACAGUCUCUUUCAUCAGAUGUCAAGGACAAGGGUGAUACAGUUUCUGUAAAAAUUACAGAAUUUUUUUCUAUGUACGUGAAGUCAUUUAAUAAGUAAAAAAAUUUUCUUUUCCAUAGGUUAAUGUUAAGGUAUAAAGGUGAAGAUAUUUGUGGCUUUAAAACUAGGAUUUUCACCAGCAGCAUUGACAAAUUUGUAAAAUGAAGAGUGGUUUACAGCUCCCCCAGAAUAAGCAUUGUACAUGAGAAGUUAGAGCAAAAAUGAUUUACCAUGUGUAUUAUAAAGUAUUCAUUGGUGUGACUAGUGCAAAUGUUUCCUUCUGGUACCAACUCUGUGUUUGAAUAUUCCAAGAGGCAUUGUUUUCAAAAAGCUCCCCUUAAAAGGAAUGUAACUGGUUUAUAUGAGUAUCAGUUACUGUAUUGCACUUAACUGUUAUGUUGAAGGAAAUGCAAUUUUGUUUUCUGUAGAACUGUUGGUUGUAAACCAUCCAUAAACUGAAACUAAGAAAGGCUCAUUCAAAGCUGGGAUUAAAAACUGGUAUUUUUUAGCCUUUGGAUCUUCUUAGAAACACUCUUGGUGGGGAAUUGGAUGGCAUCUGUACUCUUCAGAGUCUUUUUACCUAAGCUACAAUUCCUCCUCCCAAAUCUGCCAUCCAGUAAAAUGCAGUGCAUCUGAGAGGGAGAAGCAACCAGGAGAUAUACAUUUCUUGGGCUAGCCCUCUCACAAGAGGAUUUAUUCAUUCUGUAUUUUGCAAAAACAUAGGUCCUCCCCACAGUGGGACAAAAGCUGUUCAAAAGUGUGUUUGAGUUGCUCCCUACAAAAUCAGAAAUCAGAGUGAGAGAAACCCGUACUGAGUUGGACUGAAAGCUCCCUAGAAGAGUCAAAGGUUAAAGUUCACACUAGUAUCAUCCCAGCCAUUACUCAUUUGUAUAUAGUUACAAAACGUGACAAGACACUGCCUUUAUAUUAUUUAGCAAUAUGUUGUAAAUAGCAUUAAGCUCUUUUUUUGUAAUGAAGACCCUUUAAUUUGAAAAUAGUACAAUAACUGAACUGAUAAAGUCAAUUUUUGAGUUUGUUUUGUUUUGUUUUUUUUAGUUAGAGGCAAUUUCAACUGUGGAUUUUUUGUUGUUGUUGUCUAUUGUUCUAAAGACUUUGCAUAAUUUAUUGGUUUAAUUUAUCCUAAUUUAUUUGAUGAAGGUGUACAAUUUUGUAUUACCAAGGAUGUACUGUAAUAUUAAUUGAUGAUAUGAUUAAAAAAAUGAGAUUCCCUGUCCAUAUUAAAUAAAUUUUUAAAAGGUGCAGUAGACAAUUGAUUUUAAAGUCGAAGUGAACAUUUUAGUUUGGCAGCUAAAUUUUAAAACAGGAAAAAAAAAGACGUUGUUUGGGGGUAGGGUGGGAAUGGGGUUUUAUUUUGUGUGUUUUAAGCUUUUGUAUACUCUCCAAACUUUGACCUUUUUGCUUUGUACCACUUAAAGGAUACAGUAGUUCAAUUGCCUUGUGUGCCUUCCAUCUUCUCUUAAACUGAAUGUAUGUGCAGUAUAUAUGCAAGCUUGUGCAAAAUAAAUAUAAAUUACAAGCUCA